UAUCGCUCGGUACGGCGCGCCAUGCCUGCUCUCUGCCUUAUUUCUCCCUUGGGGGUCUCCUUGCUGCUGGGAUUGGGAGGCUGCGCUAACUUCUGCGAGUCGACCUGUGGGGCAAUGGCACCUGGGGACGUCCUGAUCGGGGUCCUUAGCUCCUGCUACGCUUCUGUGGAGGCCCUGAAUGAACGGACACAACCGCAACGCUUCAACUGCACAGAUUUUAAUCUGUUUUCUUUUGUGCGGUCACUGGCUGUCAUCCACACCAUCGGAACAAUCAACGACUCCGGCUUCCUCCCCGGAGUGCGGAUUGGGUACAUGGUCUGUGACACAUGUUCUAACCCCAAUAAAGCCCUCCAAGCCACUGAGUACCUGCUGUCCAGCAGCGGCACGCUGCAGAUUGAAUGCGACCCCACUGAGCGUCCUCCGGUCAAAGCUGUGAUCGGCGCUCGUUUCUCAGAGGUCUCCAUUACUGUGGCCAGGCUUCUAGGUCUUUACAUGGUUCCACAGAUUAGCACAUCAUCUUCUGCAGCAAUCUUGAGCGACAAGUUGCGCUUCCCGUCCUUCCUGCGCACAGUGCCCAGCGAUGUGCACCAAACCCAAGCCUUGGCCAAGCUCAUGUCCUUCUUUAGCUGGGACUGGAUCGGCGUAGUGUACGGGGAUGACGAUUACGGCAAGGCAGCCCUCCAGAGCUUCUUGCUGGAUUCCGAGAUGGAGAACAUUUGUGUGGCAUAUCAGGAAGUGUUGCCACACUACUUACAUUACGGUGACUGUGACGGGCGGAUCAUAGAGGUGGCGGAGAAGAUCAGGUCUUCAGCAGCCCAGGUGGUGCUCCUUAUCCUGAAGGAAGAGCUGGUGAUGAAGCUCUUUGCUCAGAUGAUCCGCACCAACACUACCAGAAUCUGGAUUGCCAGUGAUGUCUGGUCCAUGUCUGGGCUCUUAGCCAGCAUGCCAGGAAUCAACAAGGUGGGAGAUAUCUUUGGAUUUAGCUUCAUGACAGGACCAAACCCAGGAUUUAGUGACUUCCUUCAGAACCUACAGCCAGAGCCAGGAGCAGUAAACCAUUUUAUCGAGGAAUACAAGAACCUGAGGUUUGGCUGUACCCCUGAGAUACUCCAGUAUAGAAAAUGUCUCGCCAGCAACGCCUUGGAUUCAUGCCCUGCACCUGCGCCCCUGAGUUUUACAUCUCCCAGUGCCUGCAACAUUACUGACCCUCAGGAAGCUAAUGAUGUCUUCUUGAUAAGUGCUGUUGAUCCCACUGUAACCUAUGGUGAGAGAUUGGCUACCUGGUCCAUUGCUCAUGCCCUGCAGAAACUCCUGAAUUGCAAUGAGACUGUGUGUCCUGGUGAGAAAAACUUUCCUCCUUGGAAGCUUCUGCAAGAAAUUAAAAAAAUAAAUUUUACAAUUGACAGCCGUCAGUUUUACUAUGACCAGUCGGGCGACGCGGUGAACGGCUAUGACUUGAUUAACUGGAUGAGAGAUGGAGAUGGCAGAAAUUUCACAGUAGUUGGACAAUACGUUCCAAAUAAUGGCAAUGUGGAUGUCGAUGUGAAUAAAAUUGACUGGCAUACUCCAAACAACACGGUCCCAGAGUCUAAAUGCUCACCAUCCUGUCCCCAUGGAACAUUUAAGAAGGUUUUGAAUAUAUCCUGCUGCUUUAAUUGCACACAGUGCGAGGAAGGGACCUACUCUGACGCCUACAACCUUGAUACUUGUCUAAAUUGCCCUUUUGACACAUGGUCAUUGAAGGGCUGGGACAAAUGCCACCGGAGAACAGAAGACUUCUUCAGCUGGUCUAAUCCUUAUGGUAUUGUAUUGCUUACGUUUGAGUGCUUGGGGGUCUUGCUGCUUCUGGUGGUCUUCGUUAUCUUCCUAGUGGCCCGAGACAGCCCUCCUGUAAAGGUGGCUGGAGGGAAUCUCUGCUACGUUAUGAUGGCUGGCUUGCUCAUCAGCUUUGUAGGGGUGAUCUUCUUCAUGCUGAAACCCACUGAUGCCAUCUGCCAGACUCGUCAGACCAUGUAUGGUAUGGGCUUCACACUCUGUGUGUCCUGCAUCCUGGUCAAGGCGUUUCGUACCUUCCUCGCCUUCCUCUUUGACCUGCACCAGCAGCAUAAUCUGAAAAAGCUCUACAAGCCCAUCAUGAUCAUCGUGCUGUUUACCAUAAUCCAAGGCUUCAUCUGCAUCUUCUGGCUGGUGUUUGACUCGCCCAGGUUGGACUCCAUCACUUCCAACCAAAGCAUGGAGAUCCAGCUGCAGUGUAUCGAGGGCUCUGGUGUGGGCUUUGGCGUCAUGCUCAGCUACAUUGGCCUCCUGGCCUUCAUCUGCUUCCUCCUGGCCUUCAAGGGCAGGAAGGUCCCUCAUCGUUUCAACGAGACUGGCUACAUCAUCUUCAGCAUGCUGAUAUACCUGUUUGUCUGGGUCUGUUUCAUCCCCAUCUACGUCACAAAGAAUCAACAGCGUUCAGCUGUCCAGGCAUCAGCCAUCGUGGUCUCCAACCAUGGGAUAAUUUUCUGUCACUUCUUCCCAAAGUGCUACAUGAUCCUUUGCAAGAAGAAGCAAGACCUCAGCCCCAGAGCAUACUUGGACAGAAUACGUAUCUUCUCCAUCACGAGCAGUAAUCUGGCAGUUGCUCGUGCAUCUGUAGACUCUGGGAAUGGUGAUUUGGGAUCAGCGUCUACACCAAAUUCCAUGAGCUCCGAAGUGAUUACAGCAUCUGUAUCCACAAAGGCCACAUGCCUCAGUGAAGACCUUCUUAUUACAGAAUCUCUGACGUAUCUGAGGAAAAGGGUCAGGAGUUCCUCUAUUUAAAAGCAACAUUGUACCUUUGUAAGGUUUAUGCAAACAAAUAUGAACACAUUUCUGCUGAACUCAACAGUUGGCAGUCAAGGAAAACAAUGUUUGAAUGAUCUUAAUGUUUGUGUAAAACUAUGAUACGAUGUGUGUCAAUGUGUGUCAACUUAGCCAUUUCGAAACCUCUCCUAAAAUCACCCCAAUAUUUGCAAUGACCAUCAACUAUACCCAUGUGUUUGUCAAAUCAUGCACUAACCUACCAUUUUUGGCUAAUCAGUACCCUAUCAAGUUAUUUAACCAAUUACGUUAAUUAAUUCAGUGAGCUGCUGGUGAAAUGUAAGAAUGUGGAAUUGCUGGGGUGACCCUAAGGAGAGUUUUGGGAACCAGAAUAGUGAUCCUCCAUGAAAGGGAACAAGUCACUCCUUGGUGAGUCAAGUCUCAAGUCCAAACAUUACAAGCCCAAGUCAAGCCUCAAGGCAUCUGCCCUCGAGUCAAAGUCUUUCCAUCAUUUUUGCUGUUGAGUCACAAGUCAUCAAAUUCGUGACUGAAGUUGGGAGUCACGUAACUCGAGUCCCUAACUAUAUCAGUUUAAAUUUAGUGAUUAAAACUUUCCAAUUUAGUGAUUAAAACUUUCCGGUUAUAGAGUCGAGUCACAUGCUAUCAUAUUUGUGACUUGAGUCUGAGUUGAUAAUGAAACAUCUGUAAAUACCUGUUAUUAAAGAUUUUUAUAUAAUAUAAAUAUAUUUCCAUGAGUAUGCAGUGUGCCUGUGAAAAUCAUCCAUCAAUCUGUUUUUUGGUGUAAAAUGCUCCUUGGUGCCAUUUCAGAAGAUAUAUGUGUUCAUAUCUGUGUGUAUGUAAAUUGUAUCUAAAUAUAUAACAUGGCAAACCGAAACACACGUGUCUUAUAUAAUGUUUAUACUAGGACUAUUUUUUAUGGGUCCAGAGAUGUCACGUGGGUUUUGAUUAUUUUCGUGCAACUGCACAGGUAGUUCCACCAGCCUAAUAACACUUCUUUAUUAAU